UCAAGUCAGUCAUUAGACAAACAUCAGUGAGUUCGGUUGUAUUAAAAUCGGGCGAAGGAAUGCUCCAGAAAUGGAACGUUAUAUUGUUAUAAUCUUUGCUGUUGUGAUUGCUUUUCUCAAUUUCGGAUUGUUGGCGGUUGGCGGAGAGUACAAUGUUGCAUAUGGUUACGAAUGCCAGCAGAGUAGGUGCUUAAAAGUCGAACUUACGAAUAAGACUAUAGAGAGGGCCAUCAGUCUGCCAGUGUGUCGGUUACUUUGCGGCGACGGUGUGGGAACUGUCUGGCCAAAACCAACGGGAAUAAUUCGCACUGAUAAUAUCAUAUUGCAUGUAGAUAUAAACACAAUCACAUUCGUAUUUCCCAAACUCACCAAACAACAACAACUGUGGGAAGCAAGUAAAGAACGAUUUUUGCUGCAGUUAAAAAGCCAAGCACAAGAGAUUGGCAUAUUCAACGCCGGGGGCUCCAACUUGAGUCUGGUAGUGGAGGUAAUUUCAGAAAUCGAUGAGCUUCCCCGCCUGUCGCUGGACACUGAUGAAAGCUACAAUUUGUCGAUCUCUUCAACAAAAGAGCACGGCGCAAUCGCUAAAAUUUCAGCAAAUACCUAUUUCGGUGCUCGUCAUGGUUUGGAAACAUUAUCGCAGUUGAUUGUUUUUGAUGAUAUCCGCCGAGAAUACCAACUCUUGGCUAAGGUCGAAAUAGAGGACAAACCUACUUAUAAAUGGCGAGGCAUAUUAUUGGACACAUCAAGACACUUCUAUUCUGUGAAGUCCAUUAAACGAACUUUAGAUGCCUUAGCGAUGGUUAAACUCAACGUAUUUCAUUGGCACAUCACUGAUUCGCAAAGUUUCCCACUUGAAAUCAAAUCUCAUCCAGAACUUCAUAGGCUCGGUGCAUAUUCGCCUAGUAAGGUUUAUACGCAUAAUCAAAUUUCUGAAGUUGUACAGUAUGGGCUAGUUCGUGGCAUCCGGGUGAUGCCAGAAUUUGAUGCUCCCGCCCACGUCAGUGAAGGCUGGCAACAUAAGGGAAUGGUUGCCUGUGAAAAUUAUCAACCUUGGAGAAGUUAUUGUGGAGAACCACCAUGCGGACAACUCGACCCCACUGUAGAUGAAUUGUAUUCCGUACUAGAAGAUAUUUAUCGCGAAAUAUUUCAACUAUUCUCUCCAGACGUUUUUCACAUGGGUGGUGAUGAAGUACUAUCUAAAUGUUGGAAUGCUAGUGAUAGUAUUCGUGAUUGGAUGCAGCUAAGAGGAUGGGAUUGGAAUGAGGACGAUUUCCACCGACUCUGGGGUUACUUUCAAACAAAAGCACUCGAAAGAGUAGAUAAAGUAUCGAAUAACAGUAAACCACUAGUUACACUGUGGACUAGUAGUCUUACACAAGAUCCAUAUCUUGAUAAAUAUUUGGACAAAUCCAGAUAUAUCAUACACAUUUGGACACGCGGCUCAAGCCCCGACAUUAAAUCAAUCCUACAACGAGGUUAUCGAGUUAUCAUCUCGAACAAUGAUGCCCUGUACUUUGAUUGUGGUGGCCCUAGUUGGGUAGGCGAUGGUAACAACUGGUGUUCACCGUACAUUGGCUGGCAGAAAGUAUACGCUAAUAAUCUAGAUAAAAUUGCUGGGGAUUACAAGUCCCAGGUUUUAGGAGGCGAAGCAGCAAUUUGGUCUGAACAAAUUGAUGAGUUCACACUGGAUUAUCGACUAUGGCCCCGUGCAAGUGCAUUAGCAGAGCGUCUGUGGUCGAAUCCAGUUGAUAGUUGGCGCGAAGCUGAAUCGCGUAUAUUAUAUCACCGCGAACGAUUGGUUGCUAAUGGGAUCCACGCGGAAGCUCUUCAACCGGAAUGGUGUUUGCAGAAUGAAAAUGCAUGCCCGGUCAAUAAGAAUUGAUAAAUGUGAGAUCAGAUAAGGGUAUGUGGGAAACUCAGAGCUGGUAAGAAUUUCGACCGAAUUUGGCCUUAAUUUUGGUGUUAUUUAGUCAUUUAUGUUAAUAAGUUCUUUGGUAUGGUAAGAGAUAAUGUAUAUACUGUCAGAGACUAAAGUUUAAAUACAAAUUUGGAGUUUAAAGAAAAGUA